AUGGUUAAAGCAGUUGUUCUUGGUGCAUCUGGUGGCAUUGGCCAGCCUUUAUCUCUCCUGUUGAAGGCGUGCCCCUUGGUGGAUGACCUUGCACUUUACGAUGUUGUCAACACACCUGGUGUCGCUGCCGACCUUUCCCACAUCUCCUCUGUUGCUAAAAUUUCUGGAUAUCUUCCCAAGGACGAUGGAUUGAAGCACGCCUUGACUGGUGCUGACAUUGUUGUCAUCCCCGCCGGAAUCCCCCGCAAGCCAGGAAUGACUCGUGAUGACCUUUUCAGGGUUAACGCCGGCAUUGUGCGCGACUUGGUCAAGGGUAUUGCUGAGCACUCCCCCAAAGCAUUUGUUUUAAUCAUUUCAAACCCUGUCAACUCGACUGUCCCCAUCGCUGCAGAGGUGCUCAAGGCCGCUGGCGUCUUUGACCCCAAGCGUCUCUUUGGUGUAACCACCUUGGAUGUCGUCCGCGCAGAGACCUUCACCCAGGAAUACUCUGGUCAAAAUGACCCGUCUACAGUGCAAAUCCCAGUUGUCGGUGGCCACUCGGGCGCGACUAUUGUUCCCCUCUUCAGCAAGGCUACCCCUGCUUUCCAGGUUCCCGCAGACAAGUAUGAUGCGUUGGUCAACCGCGUUCAAUUCGGUGGAGAUGAGGUUGUCAAGGCCAAGGAUGGUACCGGGUCCGCGACCCUAUCCAUGGCCUACGCUGGCUUCAGAUUUGCUCAGAGUGUCAUCAAGGCUUCCAAAGGCGAAUCGGGUAUCGUCGAGCCCACCUUUGUCUACCUUCCCGGCAUCACUGGCGGUGAGGAGAUCGCCAAGGCCACUGGUCUUGAAUUCUUCUCUACUCUUGUAGAACUUGGCACCAACGGGGCCGAGAAAGCUAUCAACAUCCUCGAUGGCGUGACCGAAAAGGAGCAGGAGCUCAUUCAGACCUGUACCAAGGACUUGAAGGUUAAUAUCGAAAAGGGCGUCGAUUUCAUCAAGAACCCUCCACCCAAGUAA